CCGAAACAAAGGAAUCUAUUCUAUUCUUAAAGAAUAUUAAUCAAAACAGGUAGAAGCGAAUAUGUGUACACGUCACUAAUUUGUGUGCACAAGUUUACAAUCCAGCAAACAUGGCGACCCUUGGAGAUAAUUUAAAUUUAUUGGAUGGCGAGGAAGUGCUUGGUGAAGAAGUGUUACGUAUGUCAACAGAUGAAAUAAUUAGCCGAACCAGACUGCUUGAUAAUGAAGUUAGCAUCAUGAGGACAGAUGAUCAGAGAAUCAAACACGAACUUCAAACCCAGAAAGACAAAAUAAAAGAAAACAAAGAGAAAAUCAAAGUGAACAAAACUUUGCCGUAUCUGGUAUCGAAUGUUAUUGAGUUACUGGAUAUGGAUCCACAGGAUCAAGGAGAAGAAGAUGGUGCUAAUGUUGACUUGGAUUCUCAACGCAAAGGCAAAUGUGCUGUUAUAAAAACUUCCACUAGACAGACUUACUUCUUACCUGUUAUUGGAUUGGUUGAUGCUGAAAACCUUCAUCCAGGUGACCUUGUGGGUGUAAAUAAAGAUUCCUAUUUGAUAUUAGAAUCUCUUCCUCAAGAAUAUGAUUCUCGAGUUAAAGCUAUGGAAGUUGAUGAACGACCAACAGAACAAUACAGUGAUAUUGGAGGCUUGGAUAAACAAAUACAAGAACUCAUUGAGGCUGUGGUGUUACCUAUUACACACAAAGAGAGAUUUGAAGCCCUUGGAAUUCAACCACCAAAAGGUGUUUUGUUAUACGGUCCCCCUGGUACAGGUAAAACCUUGCUAGCUCGUGCUUGUGCUGCACAGACCAAAUCUACUUUUCUCAAGCUUGCUGGUCCACAACUUGUACAGAUGUUUAUUGGAGAUGGUGCCAAAUUAGUACGAGAUGCAUUUGCCUUGGCUAAAGAAAAGUCUCCAGCUAUAAUUUUUAUCGAUGAAUUGGAUGCUAUUGGCACAAAAAGAUUUGACAGUGAGAAAGCAGGUGACCGUGAAGUGCAAAGAACUAUGUUAGAACUUUUAAAUCAAAUGGAUGGUUUCAUGCCAACUUCUCAAAUAAAAGUCAUUGCUGCCACCAACAGAGUUGACAUCCUCGACCCAGCUCUGCUCAGAUCUGGUCGUCUUGAUCGUAAAAUUGAAUUUCCUCAUCCAAAUGAAGAAGCAAGAGCUCGCAUCUUACAGAUUCAUUCUCGGAAAAUGAAUGUUUGUGAUGUAAAUUAUGAAGAACUGGCUCGUUGCACUGAUGACUUCAAUGGAGCACAACUGAAAGCUGUUUGUGUGGAAGCUGGUAUGAUUGCUUUAAGAAGAGAAGCAAAAGAAUUGAUCCAUGAAGAUUACAUGGAUGCAAUAAUUGAAGUGCAAGCCAAGAAGAAAACCAACUUACAAUACUAUGCAUAAACAGAAACGAGUAAUGCUUGACUUGGACUAACCAGAGAGUCUGAUGCUUUUAUCUCCAGAUUUGUAUCUUUGUUAGAAUUCUUUUCCAUCUCAUUAAAUAUAAUGCACUUUUUUUUUUUUUUUGGGCCAAUAAAAUUGUGCAAUCAUUGUUUUCUGUGGA